AUGGCACUAAACCACACUGCCCUGCCCCAGGAUGAGCACCUGCCACACUACCUCCGAGAAGGGGACCCCUUUGCUUCCAAACUUUCCUGGGAAGCGGAUCUAGUGGCUGGCUUUUACUUAACAAUAAUUGGGAUUCUGUCCACAUUUGGAAACGGGUAUGUCCUUUAUAUGUCUUCUAGACGAAAGAAGAAGCUGAGACCUGCGGAAAUAAUGACUAUCAAUUUAGCAAUCUGUGAUCUGGGCAUUUCAGUUGUAGGCAAACCGUUCACGAUCAUCUCUUGCUUCUGUCACCGCUGGGUGUUUGGCUGGAUUGGCUGCCGUUGGUACGGAUGGGCUGGAUUUUUCUUUGGCUGUGGAAGUCUCAUCACCAUGACUGCUGUCAGCCUGGAUCGGUAUCUGAAAAUCUGCUAUUUAUCGUAUGGGGUUUUGGCUGAAAGAAAGCACGCCUACAUCUGCCUGGCAGUCAUCUGGGCCUAUGCUUCCUUCUGGACCACCAUGCCCUUGGUAGGUCUGGGGGACUACGCACCUGAGCCCUUCGGAACCUCGUGCACACUGGACUGGUGGCUGGCCCAGGCCUCCGUGGGUGGCCAGAUUUUCAUCCUGAACAUCCUCUUCUUCUGCCUCUUACUCCCAACGGCUGUGAUUGUGUUCUCCUAUGUGAAGAUCAUUGCUAAGGUUAAGUCCUCCUCUAAAGAAGUAGCUCAUUUCGACAGUCGGAUACAUAGCAGCCAUGUGCUGGAAAUGAAACUGACCAAGGUAGCAAUGCUGAUUUGCGCUGGCUUCCUGAUAGCCUGGAUUCCUUACGCCGUGGUCUCUGUGUGGUCAGCUUUUGGAAGGCCAGACUCCAUCCCCAUACAACUCUCUGUGGUGCCAACCCUCCUUGCAAAAUCAGCAGCAAUGUACAACCCGAUCAUUUACCAGGUCAUUGAUUACAAAUUUGCCUGUUGCCAAACUGGUGGUCUGAAAGCAACUAAGAAGAAAUCUUUGGAAGACUUCAGGCUGCACACUGUAACCACAGUCAGGAAGUCUUCUGCUGUGUUGGAAAUCCAUCAAGAGGUAUGAAGAUGGACACAGC